UAAUAAAAUAUAAAAGUGCAGUUAAACAACAUCUUCUUAGUAACUGAAACGUAUGCAAUAAUGAAGUCAAUUAUUACCCUCUUUGUUUUACCACUCAUCUUUGCUGAAAACCCCGCAGUCAAAGAAUUUACAAACGCGAACAACUUAUUCGCUCAAAACGUCUACAAGCAACUUUCUCAAAACCAAGACGCCAACUUCUUGGUGAGUCCUUUCUCCGCUGAAACGGUCCUCGCUUUCGCUCAAUCCGGUUGUAAAGGCGAGAGCGCAGAAGAAAUCCGGAAUGCUCUACAUCUUCCAAAUAAAGAUAAAGUCGAAUCGGCUCUCAAAUCUCUACUUCCAAAAUUUCAAAGCAGCGACUUGUACACUCUCCACACAGCUAACAAACUCUACAUCAAAAACAACUUCGUUAUUAAGGACGAGUUCAAGCACGCUGCAAGCGUGGUGUAUCAGACUCAUCCUGAGUCCGUCGACUUCACCAAGAGUGUUGAAGCUGCUAAAACUAUUAACGACUGGGUUGGAGAUCACACCAACAACAAAAUCAGAGAUUUGAUCAACUCUGGUGAUUUGGAUGAUGACACUCGGGCGGUUUUGGUCAACGCUUUGUACUUUCAAGCGAAUUGGUCAAGGCCAUUUCAGCUUGUAAAUACUCAUAAAAGACGCUUUUUCAAGACUGCGAGUGACAUUAUUAAAGUUGAUACUUUGACCCAUUACAACCAAUAUUUCAAUUAUUACGAAUGUCCUCAUUUACAAGCCCAGUUUUUGGAGUUGCCGUUCAAAGGUGACGCUUCUUUGGUGGUGGUGCUUUCAAAUGAGAAAGAUGGUUUGUCGUCUCUUGAAAAACAACUAGACCAAGUGUUUGCUUCUCAGCACGAGUUGCAAAAAACGUUCCUUAACGUACUUUUGCCGAAAUUCAAGAUCGAAACUACUGUCGAUUUUAAAGUCGUACUACAAAAUCUGGAGGUGAGACAAGUUUUUGAUGCCCAAAUGGCUGAUCUUAGUGGUAUCGCAGGCGAUAAAGGGGAUUUGGUUAUUGAUAAAGUUGCCCAAAAAACCUAUGUUGAUGUGAGCGAAGAAGGUGUGGAAGCAGCUGCAGCUACUAUUUCGUUAACCGUUGAACCAUACAGUGGUUAUUUAAGCCCUGUUAUCCCGACAGAUUUCGUCGUAGAUCACCCAUUUAUUUUCUUUGUUAAAGUGAACGGAGUUAUCAUUUUUGUUGGAAGGGUUACUGAUCCCUCGCAAUAUUAAACUGUUAUUAGAUUUUGACGAUGAUGAUGAUAAUAAUAAUAAGUAAACAAGCAGCAUCAUAUAUGUAUAAUACUUUUA